AUGCCUCCUCGCGCUCAGAAGAGGAAGGUCAGCGCGCCGAAAGCGGCAGAGCCGCGCCGCGCAACGGCUACACCCGCUACAACCCCUCGCGCACCUGCGCCGAGAGGGCCUGCCCAACCUCCCAAGACAGAUGCUAAAUCUGCUGCCUAUAUCUUGCUUGCUUUCCCGAUGCUGGGGACUAUUGCGGCAUGCUCGCUAGCCACUUGGGCGUAUAAACGCGCUUUGGAUCCAUUAUAUGGCAGUAUCCCGACUGACAUACACCUUACCAAGGCUGUCUGGGUCGGAACUGGUAUCGGCGGGUUCCUCAUCCCUAAAUCCUGGAUAUCGGGCUGGACCUCAUCGUUUCUUCUCGGUAUCUCUGUUGCUACGAUGCCGACCCUGGCACAUCAUGCCGCCAUCUUCACCGGUGAAAGGCUGCACGAUGCUCUGCUUGGACCCAUCGCCACACAUGCUAUUGCGCUUGUCCCCUCUGUGAUCUUUGGUGUAUCUACCAUUAAAACUAUGGUCCACUUCUUCGAGGAAGCUAACGAGGGCACAAUGAUGCGCUACACGUUACUUCCAGGAUGUGCUUCAAUCAUCCCUGGUUUUGCGCCGGUAUGGACAGAUACACUACCGCUGCUCUUGAACAUCCCUGAGGUGGCGCAGUGGAUACCGUCUGAGUCUGCGCUGGUCGUUGCGGUAGGCGCAUUGAUCGUCAGCAUAUGGGCUAUCAGUCUCGCCUUCCGCUCAGGUAAUGCUCGGGACCCCACCGCGACAUACCAGUUGACAUGGCACAUUCUCGUACCGGCAAUGAUCCUGCCUUUACUGCCAAUGAUCCUUCCCCAGCUGCUUCCUCCCACGUUGCCGCACCCUCUUCCGGCACCCUACGACGUCCCCGACUUCCCUUUGCGCAUCCUAUCUUCAGUCGAAUCGUUGACGGGACUGGUGGUCGUUGGCGAGUCGCUACCUGUGGCGGACUCGAAGCCUGGCGUACGCGAGGAAUACCCCUCGGAGAUGCGCUACUUGCGCACGGCGCACUCUAUCCUCGGUGGAACUUGGGUCGGCAACAAGGUAGCGCGCGCCCCUGGCACUGCGGAUGUGGACGCGUUUGGUGCCCCGCUCGGCGAUUCCAUCUACAAUGCCUUCCUCGUACAAGAGGCAAUCCGGCUUGUGGACACGAAGGACCGCGACAUCACGCCUGGACAAGAGAACGCCCUCAUCAUUGGACUUGGUGUGGGUAUUGCCGCCACAGCGCUCACAAGGCACGGUGUCACGCCGACUAUCAUCGAGAUCGACCCCGCUGUCUACAAUGCCUCCUUGACGUGGUUCGGACUGCCCGAGCCUACGCCCGAGCGUCUCUUCCUGAUGGACGGCCGCCGCGUCGUCCGGAAGAAACUUCACGAGCACAUGAGCAAGAUCACGGACGAGCCCUUGUACGACUAUGUGAUCCACGACUGCUUCUCCGGCGGCGGCGUACCCGCGCAUCUCUACACGACUGAGUUCUGGGGCGAGCUCAAGGGCAUCAUGAAGCCGGAUGGCGUCGUUGCAGUGAACUAUGCCGGUCUUGUUGGCGGCGACGCGUCGCGAUCCGUGCUCAUGACUUUGGAAGCGAGCUUUGGACAAUGUCGCGUUUUCCAUGACUCCAUGACCCCGGUCACGGACGAGGAAUUGACGUCCGACUUCCGCAACCUAAUCAUCUUCUGCUCUCCGUCUACGAAGCCCUUGACCUUCCGCCCCGCUGCAGCGGCAGACUAUCUCGGAUCGCCUCUGCGCGAGCGCGUACUUGGUACCUUUGGGUCGAAAUGGGAGGUGAAUGCGCAUGUCGUUCGCGGCGAUUUGGAGGGACAGGAUAGCUCCAAAUGGAUUUUGAAGGACCAGCCGAACCAUCUUGCCGAGUGGCAGAAGCCUGCUGCGUUCAAGCACUGGAAAAUUAUGCGGGACAUCUUGCCAGAGGUCUUUUGGACGACAUUCUAG